GAAGACCCAAGAAAAUUUAGUUAUUAUAUCAACAUGGCGCGAGGUAGUAGUGCAGGUUUUGAUAGACACAUUACUAUUUUUUCGCCGGAAGGUCGACUUUAUCAAGUAGAAUAUGCAUUUAAAGCUAUUAAUCAAGGUGGUUUGACAUCUGUCGCAGUAAAAGGUGUAGAUACUGCAGUUUUCGCGACACAAAAGAAAGUACCUGACAAGUUAUUAGAUGCUUCUAGUGUUACCCAUGUAUUCCAACUUACAGAACACAUUGGCUGUGUUAUGACAGGCAUGAUAGCCGAUAGCAAAUCUCAAGUACAACGAGCAAGAUACGAAGCUGCUCAUUUUAAAUAUAAACAUGGUUAUGAAAUACCAGUAGAUGUAUUAUGUCGACGUGUCGCAGAUAUUAGUCAGGUAUACACACAAAAUGCAGAAAUGCGACCGUUGGGAUGUUCAAUGAUGCUUAUUGCAUAUGAUAAAGAAAAGGGUCCGUGUAUUUAUAAAACUGAUCCGGCUGGUUAUUUCUGCGGAUAUAAAGCUAUAUCUGUGGGUGCUAAGCAAACGGAAGCUAAUUCUUAUUUGGAGAAAAAGUUAAAGAAGAAACAAAAUUACGAUUUUGAUGAGACUAUUCAAUUAGCUAUUACUUGUUUAUCAACUGUUUUGUCUGUUGAUUUUAAACCAACAGAAAUAGAGGUUGGUGUGGUAUCCAAGGACAAUCCUAAAUUUCGCGUAUUGACGGAACAAGAAAUUGAUAAACAUUUAACAACGAUUGCUGAAAAGGAUUGAUAAUUUCACGUAAGGUUCUUAAUAAAUACAUUAUAAAAAGGUUUUAUUAAUUUUAUUUCAUUACUUACAAAAUUUUAAACAAAUGUAUGUCAUGAAAUGGUGCAUUUGGUUUAUCAAUAAAUUAAUAAACGUCAUAAUUGAGUAA